CAGAAACAAACAUUGGCCUUGAGUCCGACAGUAAACACAGAUUGGAUUUGGGGUUUGUCAAAAGCUUGACAUUGUGUGUGGAAAAGUGUCUUGUUUGCAGUGCCAGCUGAUGUGACAGGCUGUUGGUUUGGGCAGUUGUGGCCCCGCAGCUGGCUGAGCCAUGGGGAACGAGAGCAGCACAACUGAGGCGCUGCCAGAAGAGGGCGCUCCAGAAAAUGUUGUUCUGUUUCCACUUCAGGAAAAUCAAAAUGACUCCCUCCAGGCAGAAGCUCACAGCUGAGAGUUUGACUCUGAGGGAGGACAGAGGGCUUCUGACUGAAGCCUCGACCAGCCAGCAGAGUCUGCUGUCCCAACCAUUGCUCCCAGACGUCCCGGUCAUCAGCGGAGUGGAGGAGAGCAGAAGUGCAUCUGAAGACCAGGACGAGCUAGAGUUUCCUCAUGACCUGCUGCCAAAUCUAGACUUCAGCAGUGAGUUUAACAUCUGGGAGUCCUCGCUGGGCAGAGCUCAGACAAGCUCAGGUGAGAGAAAAUGUGAGCAGGUGAACCCUCUGCUGGCCGGCCUGCAGCACCACACGGAAGUCAGACCCCUGGUGGUUCUAGAUAAAAGGCCUCAUGACAGCGACCCAGUUCUCACAGAUGUCCAGCCUUCACCUCGGCCCUCUGCCACACCUUACGAUGUUCGAUCCCUGACCCCUCCCAUGUCUGUGCUCCUAGACCGGGAACUCCAAGAGGCCUUCCAGGAAUGUGAAGAACAAAUGGCAAUACUGGGAUUACUAAAUCUCACAGGGCCCCCAGGCACCACGCCUGAGACGGUUAAUGAUGUAGGGAAAAAAACAGGAGAAGGGAUGGUUAAUAAAUCUAGUGAGUCAUCGUCCCUGCCUCCAAUCCUAGUCCAGCCAGGACAUAGCAACGGGGGCCAUGGAAACAAGAGUACACAUGGAAACAGUGAGGCAGCAAACAUUCAGACGGAUACAGUUGUGUUUAGUUUCAGGAAUUAUAUACUGGGCACUGAGCAAAGUGCUGCUGCAGCAGAGACGGAGACUGAAAGAAAAGCAACACAGAGCCUGGAUAAAUGUUCAGAGAUUAAAACAGAAAAACAAUUAGAUGAGCAGAAGGGAACACCCACGCAUACACAAUUAGAAACGACAGCUUUAUUGAAAGAAACCCAAAAUAAUUAUAUGUUCUCUGAGCAGAGAGACUUUAGAGAGGAGCAUGUGGAUUGUAAUGCAGCCAUUGGGGAAAAGAGCACUAAGGAUUGUAAUACAGUUAGAGUGAAAGGCACAGAGGCAAUAACAGAGAUUGUAGACAUGAAGUGCAAUGUCUAUCCAAAGUGCAAUGACUCCAGGAUACAUUUUUGUACAGAUGAAACAGGAAAAAAUAAUGAUUCAGUUAAUGAAACAUCAGAGUGCAGUAAUCUACAUUUAAAGGAUACAGAUGCAUUAUCAGAGACGCAGCCAGAUCCACAGACGGGAGCAAACAGUGAGGAGGAUCAGGAGUCAAAAACAGACAAAUGGAACAACUCGCCAUGUAACAAACAGGCUGGGCAGGACAAAAAAGCAAAGAAGAAAGAAAAAAAGAAACAAAGGAAAAAGAAAAAGACAGAAGAGAUGAACACAGAGCGUGAACACAAAGCAAAGACAGAAGAACAACCGGAAAGUGAUUUGCAAGAUGUGUCUCUCACAAAUGCAGGAAAUCACACAGAUUCCACAGCAAAUGUAGAAUCAGUGUCACAGGCGGACGCUCAGACUGUGAUUUGUGGGGAGCAGCCUGAUAAUGGUUUUGACUCCAAGCGUCAGCUGAGUCCCGGGGGAAAGCCCUGCCCCAGCCCCCCACUAUCAUCCUCUCAUAGCAGGCAGGAUCAUCUUACUGACUCCGCCUGUUCACCUGCGUCCAACCAGACUCUUUCACAGAGUCCUCAUCAGUCAGAUAACCACAACCUUUCGGACGCCCCCUGUGGCAUGAAUCACAGCUCAGACAAAAGCCCACAGCGGAAGCAACAUGCAACCGGAGGCGUCAUCGACAACCAAAAUACCCCCAUGACAUAUGUCCAAACUACAGUUAUCAAUCCAGCUGCUUCUGCCGAUAAGAGAUCAGAUGCACAAACACAGCAGGCUGUAGUUACCUCAGAAGCAGUGAUACUCUCUCACGGGAAUCAGAGCCCACUCUCCAACAGGCGAUGUGUGGGAGAGAGCCGCGUGGAGAGUGCCCUUGAAGAGGCUUUAGUGGUGGUUGCUGCGUUGCCACUGGCAACACCCACGAAGCCAGAAGUGAUAGAAAGCAAGCGAGAGGGAGGAAGCGUGAGGCGUGAUUCACUGGAGAGAGUAGCCACUGUAGCAAUCGCAGAUAGUGGGAAAGCAGUAGGAGAGAAAGAUUUGGGAGGAAUAGAAAAGUGCCUCAGCUCUGCAGACGGAGAGAAAGAAGGACUCCUGGACAGCGUUCCUCAGCUCGCAUUAAUCUGUUCACAGGGAAAAGGCUCACUUGCGUUCUCAGCCAAAGAGGGACAGGCUGCAUCUGAGGAAAGCUGCAGCAGCAACAUGCCACACAACUCGGCUGAGGCUGAAAUAAAGGGACCGACAGAGACGACCGUUCGCAGUGCAGACACUGACAUCUCACCAGCUGAAGAGGGAGACAGAGAAAAGGAGCCUUUCCGCUUAGAAACCUAUAUCAAUACUUCUCCCUUUGGGCUACUCACUGGUCCUGAUUGUCAUGAUCACAGUGCUGCGGGAUUGGUGGGAGGAAAAGGAGGAGGAGGAGGAGGAGAAGAGGAGGUGGGAGAGAAAGGAGGGCUGGCUAGAGAGCACAGUUCAUUCAGCCAGCCAGAAGGCUCUGUUAGUGGGGUGUCAUCAGCUGAGACCGAGGUGUGUCCGCCCACCAAUGUUGCCGAGUCACAGCUUAAGUCACAGGGCUGGAGUGAGCCGAUUGCUACCAUCUCUGAGAGCAUCUGCACUGAACAGGACCGUCUCUCUCACCCCGACCAGCAGCAGCAGCAAGGUGCAGCAAUUUCACGUCACCCUCAACAGAACUCCAGCAAUUCAAACGGAGGGGUAAGGGCUGACCUCAAACAGGAGUCAUCCAUCGCAGAGAGAAACUACAGCCACGUCUUCCUGUCUUCGGUCUCACCUCAGCCGCUGACUACUUCACACCAGAUCCCAGCCGAGCGGCAAGUAAGCAUCAAUCAACAGGUCCAGCCUGAAAGUAGCACAGCAGAAACCAGGACAGACGGAAGUGCAGCUGAGUCCCAAGUCCAAGCCCAGACCCAGAGCAAUAGAGGCGCUAUGUCUGGAGUGGGUGUGCAUGUAUGUGACGGUAACAGAGGCAACAGCAGAGUUCGUUUUGCGGAUACUGUGAAACAAGGAGGCAGUUCCUCUGUGGAUCUCAGGAACAUGGCGGUGUCGUCUAUGGACUGCGCCUCUUUGCCUCCACUGACUGUACAUGAGAGUUUGCACCAUCCGGUGUUUGAGGCCAGCUACAUCUUCCCAGAAGUCCUUGGCUUGAAGAAGCUAGAAAUCCCCUCAAAUGCAGCUCUUGCCAAGGAUGAACUCGCAAUACGGAGCUCGGGUGAUUUUCCAAAGCCACAGAAAGAUGUGCAGUUGGAUAAAGGAGAUGUGGGGACUAAAGGUAACAAGGAGAUCAUUAACAAAGAUCAGCCUCAGGAGUCUCUUUUAUUAGGUGAUGAAGGUAACCAGCAUCUUCUCUCCUCAUGUUCUGUGCUUCCAGCUGAUACCUGUAAGCCUUUAAGUGACGUGUCCACUGAGUCACCUGUUGGGCAGCUCUCCGCGGAGCUUGACCUCAGUUUAAAACCCGAAACUUUCCCCUGCACAGCUUCUCUUCAGACCACGGCUAGUGACCCAAGUUAUCAGACUCUCACCCAAUUAGAUCAAACACCUCCUCCUGUGAUAGCCAUCACUGAUCCUUUGAAGGCUAGUUACGGGUCCACAAUUCACUCUGCUGCUCUGACAAAGGAUGAAUCAGCGACUUCAGAAGAGACAGCCACUGACCAGUCAAUUCCUGUUAUCGAGCAAUGUGCCAGUAAUUCUUCUUUUGUGCUACGGCCCCCUGGCCCAAUGUUGAGUCACUUGGAGUUCAUUACUGACUGCGAUAUCUCUCUCGCUGAGCAGGCAGAUGACGGCGGCACUGACGGUGACGGCACCAAAGUAUCUGGAGAGGUGAAUGGCAACAAGAGCACUGAAAUGACACAAAUGUCUAUAGCACAGGAUCUAGAAAAUGGUGAUGUCAGCGAUAAAAUAGAUGAGAAUCGUCCGAAGCUGGAAAAUAGAAAUUACGCUAUGGAGUCUGUCGUUGAACUUGAGAAUUCUCCGAUUAACAAUGUAAAUAUUUCAUUUUCACAAGAGGAAAACCUGUCUCCUCCCCAACCUCCUGGUGCAGUGGGUGUACUAGCAAAGGGUGGGUCUGAUAAUGUAAUUUCUCUAUCACACACUGAGCCAAGCCCUUAUGGAAUUAAACCUGUUAUUUGUGAAGCAUCGAUUAAGGAUGACCUCAUUUAUGUCAGCUCUGACAUGCCUACCAACGAGGCUUAUAAUGAAAUUAAACAAGACGAUAUGAAAGACAAAAUUGGAGACCAGACCUCUGUUAUGUUCGCAGAGGAAAAGAAAAAAGUUGAAGAGGCAACAAUGGAUAAUCAAAAGGAAACAGCAGACAGCGACAAGCUGCGGAUUGGGAAGACAGGCACAACACCACAACAGAGUAAUGGGCCAGAUAAAGAGGCUGUAGAGGAAAUUGGAGACCUUCAUCCACCACAUAAACAUAACAUACAAAAGACUGAAUCACCCAUAAGGGAUAUAAAGGAGGAAGGGAAGAGCCAGACUUCUUCCUUAUCUCCCAACAGACCUGCAGGGGUAUCUGAGAACAGGUUAAGUGCUGAGGUAGAAUCUGGUCGUGAACCUCUGAAUGUUUGUGUUCAGAGUUUGCGGCAAACUCCGACAGCAACACUGGAACGCAGCUCUGACAGGGACACGGCAACAGAUUUGAGUGCUGCUCUUGGCCAAUCGCAGUGUACACUAGAGCUAAACUGUUUUGCUCAGCAACAGGAGCAACAGCAGCGGUGUCUGGGAUCCAGACAUCCCACAGAGGAUUUGUCAGGUGGCUGUCUAGAAGGGGGAGGAAAGACUAACGGUCAGGUCAGGCAGACCCAAGCGCUGGCUCCGGGGGUGAAAGGGGGAGCAGAGGGAGGAGACGGCUCUGUUGUGAAUCUGUGUCCGUCAAGAAGCGGGGAUGAGUUGACAAGUGAUGACAGCAGUGGCAAUGAACAAGGGAUAGGUUUAGAGAAAGACAAUGGGGAGGAAGCACAAACUGCAGCAGGGGUUGACAGCGUUUAUGUGACGUCUCUACUAGCAAGUGAUUUAAACGAGAGUGGAAGGGCUGCUGAGAAAAAGGACUCGGCUGACACCACAGCUUGCUCUCGUGUGGGUGAGACAAGAAAGGGGAUGGCUGAGAAUAAAAGCCCUGCGUUAGGGGUAGUUGAGUCAGAUACAGACUGUGAUCUGGAUGGUAAAGGUCAGCAAAAAAGCAAUUUAUCAGCUGCCUGUCAAGAGCAAAAUGGAAAACCAGAGACCUCAAAUAACAAUCCUGUAUCUGUUGAGUCUGCAUCGCAGGAACAUGAGACUCCACCUUUCCAAAUCUCUGUUUCAUCAAAGGUCAGCACAGACAGUCAUGGCAUUCACAAAGCAGUUAUUUCAAGUGCAAACCAGGCUGAAGAAAUUCAUACAGAAAUAUCCAGUACUUUGGUUGUGCAACCAGAAACUGUGGAAAAGGAUUUCAGUGCUGCCACAGCUGUGAAAAGCAACAGUAGUGAAACGGAGGAGUGUGAAAUUCAGGAUACAGUGUGCGAGCCUCUCGAGCUACAAAGCUCCAAUAAAACCUCAGCCACACAAAGCAGCCCAGUAGUACACACACCCAUAAAAGGCCCUGAUGUAAAGGAGAUCACAAAGGAAGAUAAAGCAGCUUUGGACGAAGAGAAAGCUAGCAGCUCGGGGAAGGGACAACGUGAGAUAAAAGCGAUGAACAAUGAAGCAAUGAAAAAACAGGAGGUCAUAAAUCAAACUGUGAAGGGUAAAGACAGUGGGUCAAUCGAUGUUUCUAAGGCGACAGAUAAUGGCAAUGAUUUAACAGAUCAAAUGAAUCUUGAUGUUAUCACAGUCCCAUCUGUUGUUUCGUCAAAGCGCUUGGAAAAUUUUGAAUCGACCCCUGCUGCAGCCCCUACCCAGUCAGUAAAGCGGCAAGAUGAUAUUGCCGCAAACCCCAUUGUUGCUGCUUCCCACUGUGAAGGAAGAUCCCUUGUUUAUCAAGUGCCAAACAAAGAGGCUACCGAGGUGUCAGAGAGUCCUGCUCCUCCACUAACGGCCAGAGAACCAGAAACAAACUGGAUACAAGCUCUAAAAGAAGCUGCAUCCCAUUCUCAGAGUAAACAAGAGACCUUAAGACCCUUCCCAUCUCUGGAGUCUCCUCAACUAGAGUUUCUUACUCCGACUGAGGAGAUAGUUGCUCCUCUGAGACAGGAGGAGAUCCCUCCACCGGCGCCAGCAGCAGAGAAGACAACAGAGUUCCCCCUUCUGAGUCUUGUAAAGAAGCCAGUGGAUCUUCCUGAACCUUUGAAGAAGACUGUAGAGCUCCUAGAACCAACACAGAGCACAAAAGUAGGGAUCCCAGAUGAAGUGAAGGAGGUAGAGCUCCCAGAAGAAGUGAAGAAAGUAGAGCUCCCAGAAGAAGUGAAGAAAGUAGAGCUCCCAGAAGAAGUGAAGAAAGUAGAGCUCCCAGAAGAAGUGAAGAAGGUAGAGCUCCCAGAAGAAGUGAAGAAGGUAGAGCUCCUAGAAGAAGUGAAGAAGGUAGAGCUCCCAGAAGAAGUGAAGAAAGUAGAGCUCCCAGAAGAAGUGAAGAAGGUAGAGCUCCCAGAAGAAGUGAAGAAGGUAGAGCUCCCAGAUGAAGUGAAGGAGGUAGAGCUCCCAGAAGAAGUGAAGAAAGUAGAGCUCCCAGAAGAAGUGAAGAAGGUAGAGCUCCCAGAAGAAGUGAAGAAGGUAGAGCUCCCAGAAGAAGUGAACAAAGUAGAGCUCCCAGAAGAAGUGAACAAAGUAGAGCUCCCAGAAGAAGUGAACAAAGUAGAGCUCUCAGAAGAAGUGAAGAAAGUAGAGCGCCCAGAAGAAGUGAAAAAAGUAGAGCGCCCAGAAGAAGUGAAUAAAGUAGAACUCUCAGAACCAACCGAGAAAAAAGAAGAUCCUCCAGAACAGCUCCCAGAACCAAAGAGGGAGCGAGUAACUUAUUCAGAAAUAGAGAACAAUCCAGCUGAGCUUCUAGAACCAACAAAAAGCACAGAAGAUCUCCCAGAACCAGCGAAGACGACAACAGAGUCUCCAGAACUAGAGAAGACGCUGAUCACUGAGCUGCCAGCAGAGGAGCUAGUGGAAACACCUGCAGAGAUCCCACCUGAGGAGCCAUUGAAAGCACCAGCUGAGAAAACCACAGCGACAGAAACAGUCCAGGAUCCUACUGAGGAGCUACAGGACAGUUGGUCCUCCAUCGUUGAGCAGGCAGAGAGAGGUGACCGUGCCCCUGCCUCUCCCACACCUCCUGCCUCUGAAUACCUCUUCCUGCCUGCCCUCCCUCCUCACCUCCAAGACACCGCAGAGUUCCCCACUCCUCCUCCCACACCCCCGGAGAGACACACACCUGAAGCAACCCCACCUGCAUCUCCCUCCUUUCCUCCCCCUCCUCCCCCAGCCCCUGCCUCCCCUACUGUACCUCCUUCUUCCCAAUGUGAGGAUCACUGCCCUGCUUCUGCCCCCUGCCACCCUCCUAUAAGGAGUUCAGACUCUGAUGGCGCGUUUGAGACCCCUGAAGCCACAACUCCAGUGAAGGCUGUUUCUCCUAUAGAUUCCCCAACCCAGCAACUAACCUCUGAUGACAAAGUAGCAGACACCUCUGUCAGUGAUCCCGCCUUUGAAUUGUCUUCAGCUGAUGCACCAUGCCGUUCCCCGUCCAUUGUUUUUGAUGAGAACAAGCCCAUUGCAGCCAGUGGCCAAUACAACAUCGAGCCUCCUGGAGACUCAACAAGUCACACUCUUACCCGUUCUCUCAGCCUCCAGGGAGGAGAACUAGACAGUGCUGGCCUGUUAGAUGGAUCAACAGCAGAAGGCUUCCGUCAACAUUCUGAAUCCUUCAGCGUAGGCACCGAGAGUGCCCCAGGGACGCUUCACAGGCCCAAGAAGGUCCGUUCUGGGUCUUUAAAGAAGAAGCCUCUUCUCAGACAGAACUCCAACCCAGAGAGUCCAAGGUCACCCUCAUCCAGCAGCACCCCGGAGAUCAAGAAGCGGACAAAGUCACGAACUGCCAGCCCUCUCCAGCCUCAGGAGGAAGCAGAGGGAUCUGCAACCCCAAGCCCUGGAGGAACCCUCCGCAGGACCAGGAAGAGCAGCCGUGUGGAGACCCCUCCUCCUCUGCCGGAGGAGACAAAUCAUACCAACCAGCAGGAGAGCCUUGCCAUCCCUGCCUUACCCUUGUUCCAGGAGGAGACCCCUCUCCCUGGUAGUCCAACAGGCAGAGACGAAUCCCCCAUCCCCCCUAGUACAUCCUACAAAUGGGAUCCAGAUAAUUUUCAGAACAUCGACCCAUUCAACACUGGAGGAAGUAAAAUUGCCAAUUCCCCCGUUCUGGGUCGUAAAGGUCCCUUGUGUGCCCCCAUUGCCACCCCUCUAGAGAGUCCAUCUGUGUCUGCUGUGGAGCCAUGGCCCCCAGCUCCUCUUGAAGAGUCAAUCACCAACCCUGAAGAGCAACCCAUAAUCCCCAAUCGUCAGUCAGUAAGGCUGGAGUUUGACUACUCUGAGGAGGGCAGUGAGGCAUCACACCAGGCCUCUCCCCCACCCAAGAAACUGGGCAAGAAGCCCGGUGGUAAGAUGCCCCUGAGAAAACCAAAGUUUGGGCUGAAGAAGGCCCCUCCGGCGCAGACGGAGCAGCUGGACAAUGAUCCUCCAACAACCCAUAAUGGCAACGAGGAGGAAAUCCCUGUUCCAGCAGUUUCGUACAAGUUUGAUUCUGAAAAGUGGGAAGAUCCCAACUUUAAUCCAUUUACUUCUAAGAAAGGCAUCAACAACUCCCCAAAACUAUCCAGGCCGUCUUUUUCAAAUACAUUUGAGGAAUCUGUAGACCCUUUUAAAUCCUCCAAUAAAAUGGCCAACUCCCCUCCUAAGGCCUCCGCCUCCUUUGAACUGUCAUCCAAUGACUAUGACAAUGAAAUUGACAAUGACAACAUUGGGGAACUGGAGGACCAAAAUCAGAACAAACCUGCCAAGAAGAAGAAAACUCCUAUCAAAUCUAAUACUUUCAGAGUGAAGAGGUCGCCAAAGAAAUCCCCAUUGUCUGACCCAUCCCAGGAUCCUAUGUCCGCAGAUGAAACUCCCUGCCUCCACCAACAGGACGACCACGCCACAGACGAGGAGAAGCUGGCCUCCUCCACUGGUCACAAGUGGGCAGCCCUCCACGACAUGGAUGCAGAUUUGAACUCUGACCAGCAAGACUUCCCUCAGCCGAGCGACCUUUCUUCCUUUGUUAAUGAGAACUGUCUUGCUGAUCAGACUCCAGUGCAAGACUAUGAAAUUGAGUACAUGGAAAAGCUUGGCUCCGCUUCGCCUCCACUGUCUGUGAAGAAGCCAUCGUUGUACCUGAAGUUGGACUCCAUAUCUGACAACUUAACCAAGAAUACACGUGCACAUGGAUCUGAGCCCAGCUCCCCCUGCACAGGCAGUUUUGAGGAGAUGGAGGCCCAGAUAACAGCGGGUAUGAAGACACCGGUGCUGAGCUCCCGGCCUGGUCCCGAGGGCUCUGCUGGAGAAAAGGGCAGAAAGAGAGAGAGCAAUUCUGUCAGCCGAACACAGAGCACAGAGAGGGAUGAGCAGCCCCCUAGCCAGGGCCCCACGGAGGCCCCUGCUUCAGUCCUGGCCAUGCCCCUGUUAGACAGGCUGUCUGAGUGUGACGACCUUCUGCAGUACCUGGAGCCUGACCUGGCUGAGACCAACCCCACCGCAUUCGCCCAAAAACUCCAGGAGGAGCUGGUGCUUGCUGCCCUGAGGAUAGAGGCUCUGCAGAUAGCCAAAAACAUCUCUCAGUGCCCCUCCCUCUCCACUGUAAGCCCCCAGUCUCGACUCAAGAAACCCAGCACUCGACGGUGGAAUAUCAACGGUUCACCCUUACUCAAACACAGAGACGUGUCAUCUCCAGUAGAGAGUUGCGUGUCCAAGAACUCGCUGUACACCAGGACCAGCACCAACUAUAUCGAAGGGGAGAGUCCCCACCUGCCCAUAGAACUGGACCACUCGCUGGGAAUUGCACGAGAGGAGAUCGUGACAAAGGAGAAAGAAGUGCUGGAGUGGCAGAGGAAGUAUGAAGACAGCCGACAAGAAGUGGUGGAGAUGAGGAGGAUUGUUGCUGAGUAUGAGAGGACGAUUGCACAGAUGAUAGAGGAUGACCAGAAAGAGAAGUCUCUCUCCCACCACACCAUCCAGCAGCUGAUCAUGGAGAAGGACCAGGCCUUGGCCGACCUCAACUCUGUGGAAAAGUCUCUUGCCGACCUCUUCCGACGUUACGAGAAGAUGAAAGAUGUACUGGAGGGCUUCCGCAAGAAUGAAGAGGUUCUCAAGAAAUGCGCUCAGGAGUAUCUGUCCCGGGUCCGCAAGGAGGAACAGCGCUAUCAAGCCCUGAAGAUUCAUGCAGAGGAAAAACUAGACAGGGCCAAUGCUGACAUAGCUCAUGUGCGUGCCAAGUCCAGUCAGGAGCAGGCCGCCCACCAGGCCAGUCUGAGGAAGGAGCAGAUGAAGGUGGACUCUCUGGAGCGCACUUUGGAGCAAAAGAACAAAGAGAUCGAGGAGUUGACAAAGAUCUGUGAUGAGCUGAUCGCCAAGAUGGGGAGGAGUUAGCGACCACAGUCACACCCAGGCCAAAUGUGGAGUGGUUGUGGGAAAAAAUAACGUCUUGGAAAAUGAAGCGGAUCAGUAAUAUUACCGCUUUUCCAACGACUGAUGGACAUUUGAGACCAAAAUGGUCUUGAGGUAAAAUUUCCUACUGACUUUGUGUAUUCAGGAUCCACAGGAAUGGCUUUCUCUUAAUCACUUUUUGAUGUGUCAGUGUAUCGUUCUGUAUCAGGGGUCUUGUUUAAAGUUUAAGAAAAUGUAUGAUAUCACCAAUGAGUGUGUCUGUGUGUGUGAAUGCGUGUAUGAUAAUGAGAAAGCGAGAGCAUUGUUUGUGGGUUAAAUUAUCUAUAAUAAUGUUGCCAUGACAGCCACUGAGGGAGAAGACUGUUUACCUGUUCCUGUUGUUGUCUCUUCUUGAUACAAGAGAAAGAUAGACUUUGAAAAAGAGUAACAGAGAUUUAGAUUCAUUUAUAAAAUGUUGAUACAUCACUAAGAGAACACAAACUAUCCCAAUAGCUAACUGCAUGUGGGAGAGAACUUGUAAUGUUAUAUGCUUGUAUAUACUGUAGGAAAUUCCAAGUAUAAAAAAAGAUUCAUCUGCAUUUUGAUAGUUAUUCUGUCAUCCUCGGCCCGCUCCCCUCAUGUAACCUUGUAGAUAUUUGUCAUACUUGUCAUAGCUUUCUCACUGAAAUUGUGCGACUAUUUUUUGGGAUUUUAUUUUGAUAUAAAGCAAACUAAUCGUGACCUUAUUCAGUUGUAAGCAGGAGUAAUUUAAUUUUGGAUGGAUAUGUCCUAGUUAUGCUCGGUCGUUUUGUCACACUGAUGAAUACCUUCUCUGCACAGCUGCUGUACAGCAUCUGCUUACAAAGUGCAAUAAAAGAUGGCAAUACAGCA